AUGCCGUCGACGGAGGAUGACUUCGAGUUCCUGAAGGUUCUCGGGAAGGGGAACUUUGGAGAGGCCAAGCUGGCGAAGCGGAAGGACACGGGCGAGCUCUUCGCCAUCAAGUUCCUCCCAAGGGGCGCGAAGAUCACCAACCACGUGGAGCGCGAGAUCUUGAACCACAGGCAGCUCCAGCACCCGAACGUCGUGCAAUUCCAGGAGGUGUUCCUCACGAAGAAGGAGCUGUGCAUCGUGAUGGAGUAUGCCGAGGGCGGGGAGCUCUUCAAGCGCGUGCAGGCGCAAAAGCGGUUCCCGGAGGAGACCUGCCGACACUACUUCCAGCAGAUCCUCUCCGGCCUGCACUACUGCCACAAGCAGGGGGUGUGCCACCGCGACCUGAAGCUAGAGAACUGCCUGCUCGACAGUUCGUCGCAAGAGCUGGCGCAGGUCAAGCUGGCAGACUUUGGCUACUCGAAGCACGCCGUGCUGCAGUCAAACCCGAACUCGACCGUCGGGACGCCCGCGUACAUCGCCCCGGAGGUCCUCCUCGCGAACGAGUACGAGGGGCCGCCCGCGGACAUCUGGUCGCUCGGGGUGACGCUGUACGUCAUGCUGUGCGGGCGGUACCCGUUCGAGGACCCGAAGGACCCGAAGAACUUCCAGAAGUCGCUGCAGCGCAUCGUGGCGGUGCAGUACCAGUUCCCGUCGUCGGUGAAGCCCUCGCCCGAGCUGCAGGACCUCUUCGACAAGAUCCUGGUCGCGGACCCGAAGAACCGGAUCAAGAUCAGCGAGAUCUGGCAGCACCCGUGGUUCAAGAAGAACCUCCCGCAGGACCUGGCCGAGGAGGUGGCUGCGGAAUCCAAGGGCCAGAAGUACUCCUGGUUCAAGAAGCUCGCGUCCAAGGUGCGGCAGAAGCGCGGCGCGACGGCCGAGGGGAAGACGGACGACGAGCUGCUCGCGAAGCAGAGCCCCGAGGAGAUCAAGGCCAUCGUGCAAGAGGCACGCCAGGACAACCAGGAGGUGGACAUGCUCGAGGACGACUUCGACGACGAGUUCUUCUAG